CGUUAAUCAGAAAUUCGUUGGAUUAUUAUUUGUGUGUUUUAUGCGAAUUUUUUUUAGUCUCCCCAGCUGUUUUACAACCGCGUUUCCCUCUCGCUAGAUUUCUCUCUCUUCCUCAUUUUCUCUCUCCGGUUUUGAGGCUUUCCUCUGUCUUUCGAUCGUUGAGUACGGUGACUGAUUAAUCUCUGUCACUUUCUCUCUCUUCAAUCCCCUUCAAAUCUCAGGACGUGUGAGCCUUCACAAUAAGUAUGGAAGCAAACAGAGGCCAAAAUGGUAUUCAACUUUUGUUGGCUGCAGAGCAAGAAGCCCAACACAUUGUUAAUACAGCCAAAAACGCCAAGAUGGCCAGACUAAGACAAGCAAAGGAAGAGGCUGAAAGGGAUAUUGCUGAAUUUCGUGCACAAAUGGAAGCCGAAUACCAGAGAAAACUUGCAGAGAGUAGCGGAGACUCUGGUGCUAAUGUGAAGCGUCUUGAAAAAGAAACUGAUGCUAAAAUCGAACAGCUGAAGGCACAAUCUUCCAGUAUAUCUCCUGAAGUUGUUCAGAUGUUGCUGAAGUUUGUCACAACUGUGAAGAACUGAUAUUUUUUUUAUUUUAAAAAAUUUUAGAUGGGUGUUUAGCGCCUAGCGAAAUUUCUUUCUUUGGUAUCCAUGUUCGGCCCCAAACCGAGACAUUGAGAUGGUUGGUUAUAUUUCUUAUUGAUUGUAUUUGUUAUCCUAGUACUGGUUUGCCCCAUUUCUGUGUAAAAUGGUUGGUCACAUAUUUGUUGAACAAAUGAAUUUUGAUUUUGAAAUAAAUGCCUGGAAUCGGGUUUUAGUUGUAA